AGUUGAAGAAGAGGUGGUCACGUGAGUUGCCGGACACGGCAGCUGAACCCUCAUCCCAGCACGAGUUUUAUUACAGAAUAACUUGUGCUAUAACUAGAAGUAGAAAUAGAUCAUAAGCGGCGGCCACCGCUUCUUUGAGUUUCUGCCAUAUUAAGACAUCCUUCUACUCUCUAACCAACAAGUCUACCUGACUAUUUUUUUUUUUUAAUGUGAUUGAUCUUCUUUGCUAUAUUUCAUUAAAAGAAAAUGCCACAAGCAGAGCUCCCUGGGUUGUAUUACGAUGCUGAGAAGAAUAGGUACUUCCCCAUCAAACCUCGGAUACCUGGCUCCUUUUCCCAGUCCCAUGCUUCGCAAUUUCAAAAGAACCCACUCUCAAGUUCCAUCCAGGCAACCAAGUUACGUCCACACACCAGCACUUCCACAUCUAGGCUGCUUCAUCUUAGAGAGUUGAACAGCGAUGCUUUUAAUUUUGAUCGAGGGAGGUAUAGCUUUCAGGAGGAAUUCCUCAAGUUACUGGCUUCUAAACCUGUGGUCCAGAGAUACCGUGGAACAGUUAAUAUAAGUGAUAGUGCUUUGGAACAGACACAAAUUGAUGUACAGACACCAGAAGGUCAAAUUGAAACAGAUGUUCUGCUAGCAGGCAGUAUAGAUGGCUCCUUGAGUUUCUUAAAGGUUGGAAAGUUUGGACAACAUUUUGACUAUGGGGUAACAUACAUUCCAGAUCAUGUUUGGCCUUCCACCAAGGUGGAAGCAGAAAGUAAUAAAACACCUAUGUGUAUGUGGAGGUCCCCAGCUGCUUCACUUCGUAUUUCAUCAAGAAUUUCUUGUAUAAGAUUGUCUGAAAAUCAAUCUUUUUUUACUAACAAUGAUGAUUCUAAGGUCCAACAUGCACUGAUGUCUACACUGGGUUCUGAGACUUCUGGGGGAUAUAUUUAUAUCCUUAAUCUCAAGGGACCAGUAGACUUAACUUCUAGAUUGGAUCAAAGGUUACAUGCAGUUGCUUCUUUUAAUUAUACCAUUUGGACUGCAGAUUAUAAUUCUCAUACAAGUCAAGCAGUGAUUGGAACCAAUCUUGGAGCUGCUUUGGUCGAUGUGGAAAGAGGAACAUCAACAUGGGUGUGUCGUAGUAAAAGUGAUAUUUUGGCACAACAAUUUGAUCGGACGGUAAGUAUUAUAUCCUUCAAGGUUUUGGCCAAUGAUCUAAAAUGCCUCUUUACUUUA